AAACAGUAUUGCAGCUUUAGCUAGGGUUUAGAAAUCCCCAAAUCGCUAUAUACGAACUUCAGAUUUGACUCAUCUUCAUCUUCAUCUUCAUCAUUUCUUCAACAUCCGACUUCCAUAGCUGGAUUUAUCCUUCUCUUCGUGAGUUCUUCAGUAUCAAGAUAGUUGGAUACAUCUUCUUUUCGUUGUAUAAAUCUUUAAUUGGUUGUUGGAUACAUCUUCAUUCGGUUGAAUCAGUUGAAAAUAGUUUGAUACAUCUUCAAUCGGGGUUCAAGUGAAAGACACUUCAGUUUGGUUUGUAUCAAUUCAACCGCUCUUGUUCUACUCAUCUUCUUCUCCAUUCAAUUCGGUUUGAAUCGUUCCCUACAACAGUCUCUUUGUCAAGGAGUGAAACUGAAAGAGUAGAGAGAACCAGAAAAGAGGAGAUUGGAUCUCUUUGUCUUAAACCUCUCUCCGCAUCAAAAGAUUUAGAAUUUGAGGAAAGUGGCAUUAAUAGAAGACAUUUGUCUUGUGGGGAAAAUACUGAAGGAGGCAAAGAUCAAAGAUACAGGUAUUUCAGUUCAUAGCUUUCUAGUUGUUGUUCAAUGACACGCUAAUGUUUCCAAAGAUGUAUCUUGGUGUUUAGCAUUCAUCUUUCUACAUUGUCUCUGAGUAAACUAUAACUUCAAAUUUCCCAAGAAAAGGACAGUUUGAAAAAGUCAGAUUUGUACAAAAAUGAACCAACAACAGCCUACAAAGAAUAACAAAAGUGCAAGGAACAGGACAUUUAUUAAAGCUGGAUCAUUAUCAGCCAUGGCAAGUAGAAAACGACGUAUGCUGACAACAAAUGAAACUAUUCAAGCUAUACAAUCGGAGAAAGAAAAUCUUCUAAAGUUAAUUGAACAAGAGCGGCCACCAGUAGCACCACUAGCACCACCAUCUAGAGUAAUUGAACAAUCUGUAGCAGAGCACCAUGUUGUAGAGGAGCAAAAUGCAGUGGAUGAUCAACUUGUACGAGAUCAGGUCAAAGCGACAGAUUCAGCCACUCCUACAACUGCUGAACAUUCUGAAGCACAUGAAGGGCCUUCAACUAUAAAAAGAAGAGGCAAAACACAAAUGCACAAGGUACAUGGCCGGAAUGAGAAACAAUUGAUCACAUUAAACCAGAACAACCAGCCUGUUGGUCCUACAGAUGAAGCUGUAAGUGAGUUGAGCAGCUUCCUAGGUAUAUUGGCGAGGAAAGCCACCCUUUGCCCAUUUGAUAUAUUUGAUUGGCGGCAAAUGGAUACUAAACAAAACUUAUGGGAUUAUACCAAGGCCAAAUAUGAAAUUCCUGAUGUUGCAAAACCAUGGGUUUUGGAAAGAAUUCGAGAAUCUUGGAGAAUUUAGAGAGCACCUCGUGUAUUGGAAGUUCGAAAAAUUUCAAGUAAAACGUAUUUCACCAUGUAUGAUCAUAUUAUUGUUGGUGCUACAGAUGAAGCCUUUAUUACUAUUGUUAACGUUACUGAUUCAUCUUUCAGAAAAUGUCCAAAACCAAUAUUGAGAAUUGAAAGAAGUUAAUGAAUCCACACACUACUGGGAAGAAGAGUUUUGCUUUAG